GUGUAACCCGGAAUCACAACAGCAGCUGGAUCGUUUAGCAGAGCAGGUGAAAGAGCUGGUUCGUUCGUUAUCAGCGGUUAGUGCAGUAUCGCGGGGUGUUACAGCAGCGGCAGGUAAACACGGCAGCAGGAGCAGAGCCGGCAUGAAAACAGAUUAACGGAUCUGCCUGAAGGUGGUUCCGAUUGCAGCCUUUAGCUUCAGUGCUACUAGGACGCUGAAGCUAACAACAUCCUGAGGAGCAGAAGUCCCGAGAAGAUCCCCCAGCUGCAGGCCUCUGUCCACGUUCAUUACAGCUCAGCUUUGAGCCGUCAUGGGGAACCAGCUGGCGGGCAUCGCCCCCUCUCAGAUCCUCUCUGUGGACAGCUACUUCUCCGACAUCCACGACCAUGAGUACGAUAAGAGUCUGGGAAGCACGCGCUUCUUCAAGGUGGCCCGGGCCAAACACCGCGAGGGCCUGGUGGUGGUGAAGGUCUUUGCCAUCCAGGACCCGUCUCUGCCGCUGACGAGCUACAAGCAGGAGCUGGAGGAGCUGAAGAUCCGCCUGCACUCCUGCCAGAACUGCCUGCCCUUCCAGAAAGCCUCUCUCACAGAGAAAGCCGCCAUCUUGUUCCGCCAGUAUGUGCGGGACAACCUGUACGAUCGCAUCAGCACGCGGCCGUUCCUCAACAACGUGGAGAAGCGCUGGCUCGCCUUCCAGAUCCUCAAUGCUGUCGACCAGGCUCACAAGGCCGGCGUCCGCCACGGGGACAUCAAGACAGAGAAUGUGAUGGUGACCAGCUGGAACUGGGUGCUGCUCACAGACUUUGCCAGCUUCAAGCCCACCUACCUGCCUGAAGACAACCCCGCUGACUUCAACUACUUCUUUGACACGUCCAGGCGGAGGACGUGCUACAUCGCCCCCGAGAGGUUUGUGGAUGGAAGCAUGUUUACCACAGAGAGCGACCAGAACACGCCGCUGGUGGACCUGACGAACAACAACCAGAGGAGCAGAGGGGAGCUGAAGCAGGCCAUGGACAUCUUCUCUGCAGGUUGUGUGAUAGCAGAGCUCUUCACAGAGGGCGUCCCUCUCUUUGAUCUGUCCCAAUUGCUGGCGUAUCGUAAAGGACACUUCCAGACGGAGCAGGUGCUCAUGAAGAUCGAGGAUCGGAGCAUCAGAGAGCUGGUGGCUCAGAUGGUGCAGCGGGAGCCUGAGAAGCGUCUGACAGCAGAGGAGUAUCUGAAGCACCAGAGAGGGAAAGCUUUCCCCGACAUCUUCUACACCUUCCUGCAGCCGUACAUGGCUCAGUUCGCCAAAGAGACGUUCCAGUCGGCAGACGAGCGAGUGCUCGUCAUCCGCAAAGACCUCGACAACAUCCUGCACAACCUGCACGGAGGCUCCUCCUCUUCAUCCCAGGACGGCGGCGAUGGUGCGAUGAGCUCCCGGGAGGAGCAGGGCCUCAUCGUGCUUGUGUCGGUCAUCACUUCCUGCCUCCAGACGCUGCACUGCUGCGACUCCAAGCUCGCUGCGCUGGAGCUCAUCCUCCACCUGGCUCCCCGGCUCGGCGUCGACGUCCUGCUGGACCGCAUCACGCCGUACCUGCUGCACUUCUGCAACGACCCCAUGCCCCGCGUGCGCGCUCAGGCCGUACGGACACUAGCCAAGGUUCUGGCACUGGUGAAGGAGGUGCCGAGGAACGAUGUCAACAUCUAUCCUGAGUACAUCCUUCCGGGCAUCGCCCACCUCGCCCAGGACGACGCCACCAUCGUCAGGCUGGCGUACGCAGAAAACAUCGCUCACCUGGCAGAGAGCGCGCUGCGUUUCCUGGAGUUGGUUCAAGAAAACAACGUGAACACGGAGCAGGACCUGAACGGCGAGGACGCAGAAGAAACGCUCCACCCCAACGAAAACUAUGACUCAGAGCUGCAGGCGCUGCAUGAGAUGGUGCAGCAGAAGGUGGUGACGCUGCUCAGCGACUCGGAGAACAUCGUCAAGCAGUCGCUGAUGGAGAACGGCAUCACACGCCUCUGCGUCUUCUUCGGCCGACAGAAAGCCAACGACGUCCUGCUGUCUCACAUGAUCACCUUCCUCAAUGACAAGAACGACUGGCACCUGCGAGGCGCCUUCUUCGACAGCAUCGUGGGCGUGGCGGCGUAUGUCGGCUGGCAGAGUUCGUCCAUCCUGAAGCCCCUCCUGCAGCAGGGUCUGAGCGACACCGAGGAGUUUGUCAUCUACAAAGCUCUGAACGCGCUCACCUGCAUGUGCCAGCUGGGUCUGCUGCAGAAACCGCACAUCUACGAGUUUGUCGGCGACAUCGCUCCGUUCCUGUGUCACCCCAACCUGUGGAUCCGUUACGGCGCCGUGGGCUUCAUCACCGUGGUCGCACAGCACCUCAACGUGGCCGACGUCUACUGCAAGCUGAUGCCCCACCUCAACCCCUUCAUCACCCAGCCCAUCAUCCAGAUCGAUAAGGAGCUCGUACUGCUGAGCGUCCUGAAGGAGCCCGUGAGUCGCUCCAUCUUCGACUACGCCCUGCGCUCCAAAGACAUCAGCAGCCUCUUCCGACACCUGCUGCUGCGCCAGAAGAAGCGUAUGGGAACCAUCCCAGAGUGCCCCACCCCCGAUGACCCGGCCAUCGCUCAGCUCCUCAAGAAGCUGCUCUCACAGGGGAUGACGGAGGCCGAGGAGGACAAGCUGCUGGCGCUCAAAGAUUUCAUGCUGAAAUCCAACAAGGCCAAAGCCAACAUGGGCGAGCAGAGCCAUGCGGGGGAGGCGGGGCAGACCGGGGUCAUCGACCUGGCCACCCUCGGCAUCACCGGCCGCCAAGUGGACCUGAUCAAACCCAAAGCUGAGGGCGAGGACAAGAGAGCGAGGAAGCACACCAAGCAGGACUCCACCAUGAACGAGGAGUGGAAGAGCAUGUUUGGAUCUCAGGAGCCGCCCUCCAGCCAGCCCGCCACGGCCACCGACGGGCCAGCGAGUCAGAUCAGGAAGAGCACUUUGGCUCCGGCGGUGCCCGUGCUACAGUCGGUGGCGAGCGGUCCCACCUACCAGCGCCGCAUCAACACCUGCAAGGCAGAGCUGCAGCAGCUGGUGCAGCAGAAGAGAGAGCAGUGCAGCGCCGAGCGCAUGGCCAAGCAGAUGAUGGAGAGCGCCGAGUGGGAGAGCCGACCUCCUCCUCCAGGAUGGCACCCUAAAGGGCUGCUGGUCGCCCACCUGCACGAACACAAAGCUGCUGUGAACCGUAUCCGAGUCUCAGAUGAACACUCCAUCUUCGCCACGGCGUCCAACGACGGCACCGUCAAAGUGUGGGACAGCCAGAAGAUGGAGGGAAAGACCACGACCACCAGGUCGGUGUUGACGUACUCUCGUAUCGGCGGUCACGUGAAGACGCUGACCUUCUGUCAGGGGUCGUAUUAUUUAGCCGUGGCCUCAGAUAACGGGUCCAUCCAGCUGCUGGCAGUCGAAGCCAAUAAACCACCAAAAUCUCCCAAAGUGCAGCCGUUCCAGAGCAGGUCUCUGGACCUGCAGGAGGACGGCUGUGCGGUCGACAUCCACCACUUCAACUCCGGCGCCCAGUCAGUGCUGGCGUACGCCACCGUCAAUGGCCUGCUGGUCGGCUGGGACCUUCGCUCCAACUCCAACGCCUGGACGCUGCGCCACGACCUCCGCCUCGGUCUCAUCACCUCCUUCGCCGUGGACAUGCAUCAGUGCUGGCUCUGCCUCGGUACGAGCAGCGGCACCAUGGCCUGCUGGGAUAUGCGGUUCCAGCUCCCCAUCUCAAACCACUCCCACCCCGCCCGAGCACGAAUCAGACGGCUGCUGAUGCAUCCUCUCUACCAGUCGUCUGUCAUCGCAGCUGUGCAGGGGAACAAUGAAGUGUCCAUGUGGGACAUGGAGACCGGAGACCGGAAGUUCACCCUGUGGGCGAGCUCUGCACCUCCCCUCUCUGAGAUGCAGCCGUCUCCUCACAGUAUUAACGGGAUCUACUGCAGUCCUGCUGAUGGGAACCCUCUGCUGCUCACAGCCGGCUCUGACAUGAGGAUCAGGUUCUGGGACCUGGCGUAUCCGGAGAGGUCGUACAUCGUGGCGGGAGGAGCCAACGACUCGCUGCACUGCCCGUCUGUCCUCUACAACCGCAAGAUCAUCGAAGGCACUGAAGUCGUACAGGAGAUCCACAGCAAACAGAAGAGCGGCGUGGUGGAGGACUCGCCCCGCCGCGGCCCGGAGUCCCUCCCUGUUGGGCACCACGACAUCAUCACAGACAUCGCCACCUUUCAGACCACACAGGGCUUCAUCGUCACCUCGUCCAGAGACGGCAUCGUCAAAGUCUGGAAAUGAGGGCGCUCGAUGACAUCACACCACCAACACACACACACACACACACGUAUCAUCUGUGAGAGUGUGUGUGUGUGUCCGUUUAUGGACGUGCGCCUUUUUCACACAAACAGUUACAUCAUCAUCACCUGACGUGGUUCAAACAGGAAAUGAAGUCCCGACUCUGACGACUGGUUUGUGCGUUUAAUAUCAGCCUCAUGAACAGGAAGUGCAGGUGUGGGUAUCAGCUGAUGUCGUUCCUGACUGAUGCAGGUUUCUCCACAGUGGUGUGAUGAAGAGGAGAAAGGUGUUUAAAAUGGCUCAUUUUUCAUGUUGAAGUUUUGUUACGGGGCACGCAAACGCACAACAAAAACACAAUGACAGAAAGAGCUCAGCUGUGGAACAUGCUCUGAUCUUUAACACUAUUACUGGUGUGUGUGCUGACUCCACACGUGCACAGUACAUUUUGGUUUCAUUGGGCCUUCUGCGGGUUGUGUGAAGGCUCUGCUGAGUUGCAUUAUGGGAGCUGUAGUCUUCAAGGUUUUGAAGUUUUGAUUUAUUUUUAGUUCAUUUUUUUUGUCCUCUUGUGAGUGAAUUUCAGUCCGUUUGUCUCUUUAAAUCAGUGGCUCUCAAAGUUCUUCACACUCUGCAGUUUCAUGAAGUGAAGGUCAAUGAAGGAGCAUCAGGAGACCCUCCAGCUGAGCUUCUCUCCAUGUUUUCCUGCAGUGGCCCACAAGGGGGGUCUCGAUCCACAACUUGGGGAACGGCUGCUUUAAAAUGAGGCAAACAUGACGUGUUUCAGAGCAGAGCUGUUCAGUGUGUGCGACGCUCUUCAGGCUUCAUUAAAGGGUUUCAUAAUGAGUUUACUCAUCUGAGGUAAAGGUUUCUGAUUUCAAUUUCCCGUCAGCUGCCGGUUUGCUGUCAGCACGCGCGUGGUUGGAGGAGCUGUUUCUGAAACUUCACCUGAACGAUGCUCAAAACCAUCGAACGCUGCAGGAGCUCCAGAAACCACAGCUAGAAUACGUGUGUGUUUAUAAGAGUCGUUCAUCUUUUUCCAGCCGAGGAAAGAAAAUAUGAUUAUCAUGCAUGAAAGCCGCUUUACGUUCACGAGGAUUUGAUGUUGAAACUGAGCGAGAGCUGAAAUGUUGAUAAAUACUGAGAGUUUAUGUUGAAAUGAUUUUAAAUCUAAAGAAUGUAGUUUGAUCAGAACUUGAAUAACCGCAGAGGAACCAUGUGACCUGCGUCUGUUUCUCCAUCUGUUCAAUAAAGUCUGGUGAUCGUCCAGCAGCUCGUC